GGAGCGGGGACCCAACCAGCUUUGUGUGGACUCUAAGUUCCACCAGGUAAGAAGAGUGAUGACCAUCCUUUUCCUUACUAUGGUUAUUUCAUACUUCGGUUGCAUGAAGGCUGCCCCCAUGAAAGAAACCAGUGUCCGAGGACAAGGCAGCUUGGCCUACCCGGGUAUGCGGACCCACGGAACUCUGGAGAGUCUGAACGGUCCCAAGGCCGCUUCAAGGGGACUGACAUCCUUGGCUGACACUUUUGAACAUGUGAUAGAGGAGCUGCUGGACGAGGACCAGAAUGUUCAGCCGAGGGAAGAGAAUAAAGAUGCCGACUUAUAUACAUCGAGGGUCAUGCUCAGCAGCCAAGUGCCUUUGGAACCCCCGCUUCUCUUUCUCCUUGAGGAAUACAAAAAUUACCUGGAUGCGGCAAACAUGUCCAUGAGGGUCCGUCGCCAUUCCGACCCUGCCCGUCGUGGGGAGCUGAGCGUAUGUGACAGUAUUAGUGAGUGGGUCACGGCGGCGGAUAAAAAGACUGCAGUGGACAUGUCGGGUGGGACGGUCACAGUCCUUGAAAAGGUCCCAGUCCCGAAAGGCCAACUGAAGCAAUACUUCUACGAGACCAAGUGUAAUCCCAUGGGUUAUACAAAAGAGGGUUGCAGAGGCAUAGACAAAAGGCAUUGGAAUUCCCAGUGUCGAACUACCCAGUCUUAUGUGCGGGCUCUCACCAUGGAUAAUAAAAAGAGAGUUGGCUGGAGGUUCAUCAGAAUAGACACUUCUUGUGUAUGUACACUGACCAUUAAAAGGGGAAGAUAGUGGAUUUAUGUUGUAUAGAUUAUAUUGAGACAAAAAUUAUCUAUUUGUAUAUAUACAUAACAGGGUAAAUUAUUCAGUAAGAAAAAAAAUAAUUUUAUGGACUGCAUGUAUAAAUGAAGUUUAUACAGUACAGUGGUUCUACAAUCUAUUUAUUGAACAUAUCCAUGACCUGAAGGGAAACAAAAGUCAUUUGCGCACAACUGAAAAAAAAAAGUCUGCAUUACAUUCCUCGAUAACAUUGUGGUUUGUUGCCGUUGCCAAGAAUUGAAAACGUUUAAAAAAAAAGUUGAAAAAAAAUAAAUAAAUUGCAUGCUGCUUUAAUUGUGAAUUGAUAAUAAACUGUCCUCUUUCAGAAAAAACACACACACAAGCACACAGGCACACACACACAGAUACACACACACACAAAUUUGAACCUGAACAUUCCGUUUCCAUUUUAGACAGUAAAGUAUCUUCAGUCCUGUUAGUAUCCUCUCUGU